AUGAUAGAGCUUGGCCUGAGGCGCAUUGCGCGCCUGGUUCAACACACGCCUCAGACCUGGAAGGCGAUUCACGUCGCGGGUACCAAUGGGAAGGGAACAAUAUGCGCGUACCUUUCGGCCAUGCUACAGGCCAGCGGCAUCAGAAGCGGCCGUUUCACAUCCCCGCACCUCAUGGACAGGUGGGACUGCAUCACGAUCAACGAUAAGGCGGUGCAGGAGUCGGUAUUUCUCGAGGCUGAGCGCCUGGUCAACAACAGGAACAAGGAUGAGGGGGUCGGCGCCUCUGAAUUUGAGCUCCUGACCGCCACUGCGUUCGAAAUAUUCGCACGAGAGAAGAUCGAGAUGGGCGUGAUAGAGGUUGGGUUGGGUGGGAAAUUGGAUGCGACAAAUAUCCUGGAGAACAAGGCUGUCACUGUUAUCUCCAAGAUGGGACUUGACCACCAGUCGUUCCUGGGAAACACACUUGAGGAAAUAGCACUGCAAAAGGCAGGCAUCAUGAGACCAGGAGUACCCUGUGUGCUAGACAGCACCAACCCCCCUUCUGUUCGGGAAGUCGUAGAAAAGCAUGCUCGGGACAUUGGCACCGAGGUCACCCUGAGCGCAACGGGCUCUGCUGUUGCCAAGGAGAUAUCGGAAGAUAAUUUCGAGCCGCAUCAGUUGGAUAACCUCGCGUGCGCAUACAACGCAUUUCAGAUAGCAACCGGGAACCCCAACCCUCCCUUGGACCAGAUCUUGCGUGCUGUACGAAAAUUACAAUGGCCAGGGAGGUUGCAGCAAAUAGGAAUCGGCGUUAUUACCGGGCGGCAGGAGCCGACCACACUUGAUGGCGCACACAAUGCGCAAUCAGCAGCAGCCCUCGGAGCUUUCGUCGAUCGCAAACUGCGCCCAAAUUCGACUAAGGUGACAUGGGUCCUCGCCGCAUCAGCAGGGAAAGAGCUCAAUAGCAUUCUGAAGCCCCUUGUGCAGUCUGGCGACAACGUGGUAACGACUGAAUUCGGGCCCGUUGAUGGAAUGCCGUGGGUUCACCCUAUGGCAUCGGCGGGUAUCCUUAGCAGCAUUUCCAGCGCUGGUGUUGAAACACAACAGCAGUAUGAGGCUGGCAGUGAUGUUUUGGGAGCACUGCGCUGGGCAGCUGAUACCUCGGCAGGCGGGCCCCUGGUCAUCGCAGGGAGUUUAUACCUUGUCUCUGACGUCCUGCGAUUACUCCGUAAUGCCGAAUCAGAGAGCAAGUAG